GCGGGGCGUGGGGUCGGUGGCUGCUGGGCGCGCGGGGCGCAGGCCGCGGGGCCGGAGCCGGGGGGAGCGAGCGAGCGGAGGCGCCGAGGAUCCGAUUCACUCGCUAGGGAGACCUAUGGGCCGAAGCCGUGUAAAUGCGUUUUAAGCAGGGGCCUCGGCUCCGCAACUGCCACUCCUUCUCGGGGUGUUGCACAAGUUUCGAGGUCACCGGCGACCCCCCCUAGCAGCGCGCCUGGCUCUGGCCCCCGCGAAGGAGGACGGGGCUUGUGUGUUGCAUACUUUCUAAGGCGGAGGCGGCGGCGGCAGCAGCGGCUGUUCCUGCUCAGCAUGGCUGGCUACCUGAGUGAAUCGGACUUUGUGAUGGUGGAGGAGGGCUUCAGUACCAAAGACCUGCUGGAGGAACUCACUUUGGGGGCCUCACAGGCCACCACGGGCGAGGUUGCUGCCUUCUUUGUGGCAGACCUGGGUGCCGUGGUGAGAAAGCACUUUUGCUUUCUGAAGUGCCUGCCUCGAGUCCGGCCUUUUUAUGCUGUCAAGUGCAACAGCAGCCUGGGUGUGCUGAAGGUCCUGGCUGAGCUGGGGCUGGGCUUCAGCUGUGCUAACAAGGCAGAGAUGGAGUUGGUCCAGCGCAUUGGUGUCCCUGCCAGUAAGAUCAUCUAUGCCAACCCCUGUAAGCAAAUCGCACAGAUCAAGUAUGCUGCUAAGCAUGGGGUGCGGCUACUGAGCUUCGACAAUGAGAUGGAGCUGGCAAAGGUGGUCAAGAGCCACCCCAGUGCCAAGAUGGUGCUGUGCAUUGCCACAGACGACUCCCACUCCCUGAGCCGCCUAAGCCUGAAGUUUGGAGCGUCGCUGAAAUCCUGCAGACAUCUGCUUGAAAAUGCCAAGAAGAGCCACAUGGAGGUGGUGGGUGUGAGUUUUCAUGUUGGCAGUGGCUGUCCUGACCCUCAGGCCUAUGCUCAGUCCAUCGCAGAUGCCCGCCUUGUGUUUGAAAUGGGUGCCGAGUUGGGCCACACAAUGCACAUUCUGGACCUUGGUGGAGGCUUCCCUGGCAUAGAGGGAGCCAAAGUGAGAUUUGAAGAGAUUGCUUCUGUGAUCAACUCAGCCUUGGACCUGUACUUCCCAGAGGGCUGUGGUGUGGACAUCCUUGCUGAGCUGGGGCGCUACUAUGUGACCUCCGCCUUCACCGUGGCAGUCAGCAUCAUUGCCAAGAAGGAGGUUCUUCUGGACCAGCCUGGCAGGGAGGAGGAAAAUGGUUCCGCCCCCAAGACCAUCGUGUACCAUCUUGAUGACGGUGUGUAUGGGAUCUUCAACUCAGUCCUGUUUGACAACAUCUGCCCCACCCCCAUCCUGCAGAAGAAACCAUCCACAGAGCAGCCCUUGUACAGCAGCAGCCUGUGGGGCCCAGCUGAUGUCCGAGACUGUGUGGCUGAAGGCCUGUGGCUGCCGCAACUACAUGUAGGGGACUGGCUGGUCUUCGACAACAUGGGAGCCUACACAGUGGGCACAGGGUCCCUCCUUGGAGGGACUCAGGCCUGCCGCAUCACCUACGCCAUGUCCCGGGUAGCCUGGGAAGCGCUGCGAAGGCAGCUGCUGCCUGCGGAACAAGACGAAGAUGCUGAAGGCAUGUGCAAGCCUCUGUCCUGUGGCUGGGAGAUCACAGAUACCUUGUGUGUGGGCCCUGUCUUCACCCCAGCGAGCAUCAUGUGAGCAGGCCCUGUCCCCCCCCUCCGGAGAACCCCAGCGGGGCCGCAGAGAUGUCUCUGGGAGAGGUGGGGAAGGCGGCAAGCAGGGCACCCUCUGGCCAGGACUCUGGUGCUCACUUUGCUGCCCCCACACUCCACCUGUAGUGUUUCUGCCCUGUAAAUAGGACCAGUCUUACACUCACUGUAGUUCAAGUAUGCAACAUAAAUCCUGUCCCUUCCAGAUGUGUCCGCCUCCUCUGCAGCGCAAGCGGCCUGGUCAGCCAGGCGUGGGGUGUUCUUGGGGUCUCCCUCGGUAUCCUUCCUCCUUUGUAAAUAUGAAGCAAAUAAAUAUUUAGGUUUUUAA